GUUGCUGAUUCAUUAUGCGUCGGUUUUGGAAAACUUUAAACAGCAGUGAUACGUGGUGCAUGCUUUCAUAGUGGGCUCUAUAUAUUACGUAUGCGAGAACAGAAGUAUAUUCUUUGAAUAGGCCGGUACCGUUGUGUGCGAGAAGGUAUAAAGUACAGUCCGGGGAAACAGACAAACACAGGCGUGUUAAGUGGAGGAAGAAGCGAAAAUUGAUCCUUUCGCUAACGAGAAAGACGAGGAUUAUAUUCAUCCCUGAUUGUAACCAGGACAGCUGUAUCAUGAAUUUCACAGCUGCGAGAUGUUUACUCAUAGGAGUGAUUUGUGUGAUGGUGCUCCAAGUCUCAGAGGCGGCACCGUUCAGUACAACAGUAGUAAAGACACGACUUGGACCUGUACGAGGACUUCGCGAGCUGGCUGUCAAUAACCAAUCCUAUUGGUCUUUCCGUGGCAUCCCUUACGCUAAACCACCCAUUGGAAAAUUGAGAUUCGCAAAGCCAGAGCCUCUGCCAUACUCAGAAAAUGUUAUUGAUGCAACGAGAUUAAGAGCUUCGUGCAUGCAGGGGAAUAUGUAUUUAGUCCAAUCCGAGACAAUUUCUGAAGAUUGUCUUUUCUUAAACGUAUAUACACAAGAUUUAGGAAGCAAAAUGAAGAAAGUUCUUGUGUGGAUCCACGGUGGAGGUUUUAUAUUUGGGUCGGCCUACACUUACAACCCAGGAAGUUUUGUUACAUCUGAGGAUAUCAUUGUCGUUACUGUCAACUACAGGCUUGGAAUUCUGGGAUUUCUCAGCACAGAAGACAAUACAAGUCCUGGAAAUUACGGUCUUUGGGAUCAGAUUCUAGCCAUCAAAUGGGUCAAACGUAACAUAGCAGCAUUCGGUGGGGACCCCAAUGAUAUCACUAUCGCAGGAGAAUCUGCAGGAGGUGCCUCUGUAUCGAUUCUUUCUAUUAGCCCUGUAACCAAAAAUCUUUUUACCAAAGUAUAUUCUCACAGUGGUUUUGCGACGUCUUUGUUUGCUGAUUACAAAAAUCCAAAGUCUGAUGUGAUCACUUUAUCAAAGAAGUUAGGUUGUUAUCAAAUUAGCUCUUCGUCACAAGACAUCAUUGAAUGUUUGCGAAACAAACCAGCUGCCAGUUUAGUUGCUGAUUUGGACCUGUUGCUGUUGAAAACAUAUGUUCCACGCGUGGAUGGAGAACUUUUACCAAAGUUGCCUACGAAUCUUCUCAAAGAUCAGAAAUAUCUGCAUGAUAUCGGCUUUUAUGAUAGAGAUUAUUUCGCUGCGUUGAACAAUAAUGAAAACAGUGUGGUAGGCCAAGUAUAUUAUCCGGCCAAAGAAGCUUUUUACAAUCAACCCAACGGAACAAGGGAACAGAAAGAUGCACUUUGGAAACAGUUUGUGGUAACAGAGAAUGUGGCAGAUCGCCUUAAAAUUGAAAACCCGAAUCCAAAACUAGUGGAUUAUGUAUCAAGCUGGUAUGAAGACAGAUUUGUGGGACAAACUGGUUAUCCGUUGCUUCUGACUGACGUCAAUUUCAUCAUCCCAGCUUAUGAUAUUCUGAAUGCAGCGUCUCAGAAUCCACUCACCCGAGUCUGGUUCUUGUAUUUUAACUACUACCCCAGCUACCUGAGAGGAACUGAAAGGGGAACAAUACAUGCUUUGGACUUUGUUUAUUGGUUUGACGUGUCACUGAAAGUCUUCGAAAGCUCAGGAGCCGUCGACAACUUCUCCGACACAGACAAGGAGUUAAAAAAGGUGUACUCCUCUAUUGUGGCAGACUUCGUACGAGGCCAAGUGAAUACCAACAGGUGGCCACAAUACGAACCAGACGAAGGCUACUAUCUGGAGUUCAACAGCCACCCCUUAGUGAUGAAACAGUUCGCUAGAGAUAAACAAAACUUCUGGAGAUCUGAGCUGCCUCAAAAGUUGUCUAUGAUUUCUAGCAGAUGCAAUUAAUAAGACAAAUAAAAAGAAAAUGUGCAGCGCCUUGAUAAACGAUUUUUGUCUAUUUAAUAGAAACAUUAUUUUCUUACUGUAUUAUCAUAUGUACUUGUUUUACUAAUAAACUUGUCUUCCCUUCGAA